AUGGUGGACCCGAUGUAUGGAUGCCCGGGAGGCCGCCUGGCCCGGUCGCUGACGCGGGCACUGGCGCUGGCCCUGGUGCUGGCCCUGCUGGUCGGGCUGUUCCUGAGCGGCCUGACCGGCGCGAUCCCGACCCCGAGGGGUCACCGGGGACCGGGGAGGCCGGUCCCACCCGCCUCCCGCUGCCGUUCGGUGCUCCUGGACCCUGAGACGGGCCAGCUGCGCCUGGUUGAUGGCCGCCACCCUGACGCCGUGGCCUGGGCCAACCUUACCAACGCCAUCCGCGAGACCGGGUGGGCCUUUCUGGAGCUGCACACGAACGGCCACUACAACGAUAGCCUGCAGGCCUACGCAGCGGGCGUGGUGGAGGCCGCCGUGUCCGAGGAGCUCAUCUAUAUGCACUGGAUGAACACGGUGGUGAACUACUGCGGCCCCUUCGAGUAUGAAGUCAGUUACUGCGAGAGGCUCAAGAAAUUCCUGGAGGCCAACCUGGAGUGGAUGCAGAAGGAGAUGGAAUUGAACAAUGGCUCUGCUUACUGGCACCAGGUGCGGCUGACCCUCCUGCAGCUGAAAGGCCUAGAGGACAGCUAUGAAGGCAGUGUGACCUUUCCAACUGGGAAGUUCACCGUCAAACCCUUGGGGUUCCUCCUGUUGCAGAUCUCUGGGGACCUGGAAGACUUAGAGCUGGCCCUGAAUAAGACCAAGACGAAGCAUGCUACGGGCUCUGGCUCCUGCUCUGCCCUCAUCAAGCUGCUCCCUGGCCAGAGUGACCUCCUAGUCGCCCACAACACCUGGCACUCCUACCAGUACAUGCUGCGCAUCAUGAAAAAGUACUGGUUCCAGUUCAGAGAAGGGCCCCAAGAUCUGUCCCUGGAGAAACAUUUCUGUUUCUGCAAGGGGAUUGUGUACGUGGCUGUGACCCUGGAGACCACCAUCGGCAACCGGAACUCGGCCCUGUGGAAGUAUGUGCAACCCGAGGGCUGUGUGCUGGAGUGGAUGCGAAAUGUUGUGGCCAAUCGCCUGGCCUUGGACGGGGACUCCUGGGCCGAUAUCUUCAAGAGGUUCAACAGUGGCACGUACAACAACCAGUGGAUGAUCGUGGACUACAAGGCAUUUGUCCCCGGCGGGCCCAGCCCUGGGAGAAGGGUGCUUACCAUCCUGGAGCAGAUCCCGGGCAUGGUGGUGGUGGCCGACAGGACCUCGGAACUCUACCAGAAGACCUACUGGGCCAGCUACAAUAUUCCGUCCUUUGAGUCUGUGUUCAAUGCCAGUGGGCUUCCGGCCCUGGUGGCCCACUUUGGGGACUGGUUCUCCUACGACGGGAGCCCCCGGGCCCAGAUCUUCCGGCGGAACCAGUCACUGGUACACGACCUGCACUCCAUGAUCCGGCUUAUGAGGUACAACGACUUCCUGCAUGACCCCCUGUCAUUGUGCAAAGCUUGCAACCCCAAGCCCAACGGGGAGAAUGCCGUCUCGGCCCGCUCUGACCUCAACCCAGCCAACGGCUCCUACCCCUUCCAGGCCCUGCACCAGCGCUCCCAUGGGGGCAUCGACGUGAAGGUGACCAGCACGGCACUGGCCAAGGCCUUGCGUCUCCUGGCGGCCAGCGGCCCCACGUGGGACCAGCUGCCCCCGUUCCAGUGGAGCAGCUCGCCCUUCAGCAGCCUGCUGCACAUGGGCCAGCCCGACCUCUGGAAGUUCUCACCCAUCGAGAUCUGGUGGGACUGA